AUGGCGCCCGACCCGUCGCCAGCGCCCAGCGCCUUCAUCUUCGGCAGGAAGCCCUCCAUCUUCUCGACCAAGAAGUCGUCCCGCAAGGAAACCACAUCCAUCACCCCAAUCUCGCCGCUAGCCAACGAAGACCUGUCGCCCACGGCCCGCAGAGACUCGUCGGUCAUCUCGCUACCGUCUGAAGGAGACAUUCGGCGCAGCGCAUCCCUCCGCUCCCACGAGUCGCUGUCGUCGCUACACCACCACAAGGCCCGAGGCUCGUCGAUAGCAGUCCCCUCUCGCUCUCCGAUCCGCCUCCACCGCCAGAGCCGCUCUAUUAGUGCCAAUGCCACUCACACGGUCAAGCCGCCUUUCAAUACCACCUUGAGCCCGCAAAAGUCGUCUGAUAGCUUCUCACGCGACCGCCGACCCAGCCUUGCUCCCAGCCUUGCGGAUCCUGUUCCCAAAACUCCCUUCUCCAUGCUUGCCACUCCUUUCAGCCAUGGUCUCAAACGUUCAGAGACAGAUCGUCCCUCUUUGGUUUCAUAUGCCACCAAUGGCAGUUCCUUGAACUUGAUCCCCUCCAACACUACGCAAAUCCCUCAGACCAGCGUCAUACCUGUACCUGCCGCUCUUCUGAAUCACAUUCACGCUACCUGUCGCAAGCGCAUAGCUACUCUCGAGUAUCUUCGCAAAGUGUACGUCCAUGUCCAUUCAACUUUUCAAACGUCCAAUACUGACACACAACAGNNACACGAGGGCCACAUCUACUACUUUAACACAAUUCUCUAUACCCCCACCAACCUCAACCAACUACCAUCUAUGCAAUACUCCAAGCUUGGUCGUCGCGCUUCCAAUUACCUCCUUCUGGGUACCUCUAUACCUCCGCUUCUCGACAUGAACUCUGACAAUCCUCUGGACUAUCUACGCUCCCUUGCCGCUCUGCUCUCAGAAUAUGACACCUACCAACAACUCAACAAUCCUGACGCUUCGGUCGGUGCUCGUGGUCGUAUGGGCGCCAUGUUCAAAAGCGGCAUGCGUGGAGUCAAGGGUCGCAGAUCUAGCAGCGUUGCCAUCGAAAGCUUGUCCGAGUCAGUCGAGAGUGCUCAACUCGACUCUUUGCCCAUGCCUCCCAUCUCGUCAGGAAACCUCCCAGAGUUUACAUACUUACAAACGCCUUCUCUGCCCUUUGAUCCCGAUUUCCACACCGCUUUUGCAACCUUGGCCGACAUUCUUAUCGACACGUAUUCUGGAGUCGUACAACUCCUACCAAACACAGAGUCGAUAGGACCUGGUGUCGGUGAAGCCUUUGGAAAAGCAGACAAGAUUCUGCGCAAAGUGCUUGUGCAAAACGCUACCCAGGAACUCGGUGACACGACUCGCCGCGAAGUCCGCUCCGAGAUUGGUGGCCUUAGUCGACUGGUGCUGGGAGGUCUAUUGUGA